AUGAACAGCCCAGGCCUUAUCUUCCUUCUCGAGCCUUUCUUCGGCGGUGUUUUAUCUGAACGCCGGAUCGGCCUUGCCCCGUGCCAUUACUCCCUCGUUGCGGUAUAGCCACCGGCCGACGAAUCCGUUUUUUUCCUCCUUCCUCCGACCAUACUUCAACCCUACUUUUCUACAUUAGCCUCAAUCGGAGGACGGCCACAUACCUCUCGAAUAUCUGGUCGAAAUCGCCAUGUUAUUUGGAAAGGCGUCGUCACUUUUACCGGUUCUCCUCAUGCGCGGCUUCUCCUUUUUUGACAUGACCAAUGAUUCUUUUUUUCGUUUGAAGAUGCGGCUAGUCGUCGCCGCGGCGGUCGUGCUGGCGGUCGUGCUCGCCGAGCACGGCGUCCUGGCUCACAUCAGACUCGCUUUUCCGCCGGCUCGGGCUCCCGCUCUCGACUUCUACAGCAGCAGCAACAGUCCGCCGCCCUGUGGCGUUCCCAAACCGCCAGUUGGACGAGGUAGGACGAUUUUCUUGCUUUUGAUUUUUUGAUUAAAAUAACUGCAAGUUUUGAAAUAGUUCUUAAGACCUACUCUCCGAGCAAAACUCAACUGAACAGUUUUUCUUUCUUUCCGAGUAUGGCUAUGAAAAGUUUUCUGUUUCUCGCUAGCUUCCGAACUUCUGUGUCUACUAAAGUCCAUUCUAUAACCUUGAAGGAAUUUUUCGAAAUGUUACUCUAGUUGACAUUUUAUAAGCAUUCCUCCGGUUUUCUUCCUCCACAACCAGAACUUGUGUGUGAGUGCGAGAUAAAUAUUGAUUUAUUGGAAUUUUCUGUCAUUUUCCAAAAAUGAGAAACUCUUUGUGAAAUCCAUUUUCGAAGCUUGACUCUCUUUGAUUUUUAACGUUAUCAAUUUUUCCAGCUGAUUCUUAAAUUAACUUUUAUUUUUCAAAACUAAUUUCAUUGAUUUUUGAAGUAUGAUUUUCUUUGACUCUUUCACUGAAACUGGAGAGUUUAACAUUGCCGCUGCUUUUUCGUUCUCGUUCCUAAUUUCUUUGUCCGAUCCUCUCAAGAUAACCCAUGUCUUCCCAUGGAAUAUGCAAUUAUUAUGCGCGAUCCCAUUCAGAGAAACAAAAACUCGUUGGUUUUCUCUCUUUGUUAUCGUUAUCGAUAUGAUGGGACUUGUUCUAGCUGAUUGUGGCGUUGAAGCUUGCCUGGAUUACGGGAUAAUGGAGGGAUGGGGGUAGUAGGAAGUAUGGAGACUGUAGCUGAUUGGGUGUUAUUAAAUAUUUGAUGAAGGCAAUUUUAUUGAAUAUUUCGAGGUUUUUUUCAAGAACAAAAAAAUAGGUAUUUUUUUAAUUUAUUUCAAGCUUUUUUUAAAAGUUUUCUGCUAUUUGAAAUUCAUAGCUUCGCCGUUAGCAAUUCCUAGAGGGUUUUUAGACACCAAUACAAUUGUUCACAGCUCCGCGUCUCAUUUGGGGGUUGCUAAACGUUUCGAAAAAUUUUGAAUUUUCUCACAAUGAAACCGGUGGGAAAUGAGUAACUUGAAAGGUUAAAUUUCGAGAAACAUCAUGAAAAACGAAAAAUCAGUAUUUUUUUCUUUUUAAAAAUUUUAUAUUUUUUUCAGGCCUGAGGACGUUUUUUUCGAAGCCGGAUCAACGAUUGAAAUUUCCUGGUGGACUCCCGUUCCUCACAUGGUUCGUUUAUUUUUUCAAAAUCUGAACGUGUCUAUUUCAAUGUUCCUGGGAAGGUUUGAAAAAAAUUUUUUUCGAGCUUCAUCUUCUCAUUCUUUCCAAAAGGGUCCUUUUACGAAUUUCUGGCACUUUUUUUGAAUUUAUCUUUGCACACUUCUUUUUAUCACCAUAUCAAACACAUUCAAGCUUUAAAAAGGCUUUUUUUUCCGAAAUUGGUCGAAAGAUGUUAUUUUAAUUUACUCGCAUUCGCUUUACAUCUGCUCAUUUUUCACAUGUUCCAGUGACCUUUUUUUGACUUCAAAGAUCGCUCAGUCUCUUUUUUCAAAUCUGACAUGAGAUCUAAUUGAGCGCCAAUUCAAGUCGACCGUUUCAUUGCGGGACGUCGACGACCGCAAUCGGCAUUUGACCUUGUCCGUCUUGAUCGACUUUCCAUUCCAAAAAUGGCCAAAAUGAACAAAAAACCGAAUCAAAGGAAUGCCCUACUAAAGACACGCACUUGAGAUUACUGAGUUCAACUAGCCAUAUAGGAAAAAUGAACAAAAAAAUUUUUUUUAUUGGAUAGUUUGAGGUUCAUACGGAAUUUUGUGAUCAGUCUCCAGGCGAAAAAAUCUUUAAAUUGAGCGAAAAUAGAAAAAAAAAGCUGAGCUUAUCAAUAUCAAGACAGUUUCAGAAAUUAGCUAUUCUUUUCCAGAAUUUUUUUAAUGAGGUGCUUCUUUUUUUCUUACAAACUAAAAAUUAUUUCUUUUUCGAUUAUUCCGCUUCAUAAACCUUCAUAUUUUUUUCCCAAAGAUUCUGUUUGGGAAAAAAAUCUUCAAAAAAACGUAAAAAAAUGCGUUUUUUUGAAAGAAAACCCUGUCAAAAACGAUCUUUUGCGGCAAAAGUUUUGCCUCGUAUUAUUUUUUUUGACGGAUGUGUUUUUCCUUUUCUUGCCUCCCGCCAAAGCCAACCGGUACACAGUGUGACGAAUCCCAGCUUUUCAAGGGAUUUUCCACCAAAAUUUUGACGGCUUUGUGACUUUUUCCUUGAAAAAACUAGUGAAACCGUCGGCAAUUGUUGCUUGACUUGAAAAAAAGUGGAACAAUUCAAGAUUUCAAAAAAACUUUUUUAAGGGAUUUCGAUGAGAAGGAUUUUUUUCCUUUCGGAAGAUUGAUAAAAAGGAUCUUUUUCGCCCCUUUUAAAGAUUCUCUUGAGAAGAAAUGAGGUUAUUAUCUAAAGUAUAAAGACUCAGGAACUGGUCCCAAGUGGUCCCUACAGGGCUGUCUAUUCCACUAACCCCUAUAGGGACCACUCUGGCGUUCCUAACAAAUGUCAGGCUUCAGAUCUUUGUCAAUAUUCUCAUUUAUUUUCCAGGGAGCUAUCCGGUUGGAAGUCCUCAACGCUGUCGAUGAGCCCAUCGCCAUCUUCACGAACUUUAACGAUCCUUACAACUUGACGUGAUUUUUCAAUCCGCUUACAACUAAAAGUGGAUAUUUUGUAGUGAAACAACGAAACAAGUCGAGUUGCCGGAAAACUUUGAAUGCGUCAAUUGUGCGAUUCGGAUCACGCACCAGGCCACCGAGUACAGCAACGAAUAUUUCUUCUACUCGUGUGCCGAUGUCAAUAUUCUCAAGUGUAAGAUAAUUUUCCUCGAGUUUUAAGGCAUCGUGGUUAGGGAAAAAUCGGUUUAGCUAGAGUUUUUCUAGCAUUCAGAAUGCUAGAAAAGAAUGAAUUCUGCAUUCUUCCACUAGGAAUAGUCUCCAAAGUGAGCACUUUUUCCCGCUGUAGAGGCUGGUUUUCCUCUUACCCCUAUAGGAACCACUCUAGCCUUCCUAAUCCAAAGAAAUAGUUUCAUUUUUGACACGAAUUUCGACAAACGAAAAGUGGAAAACUUUAAAAACACACCGUUUUUCAGCGAUUCCUGACGGCGACUCCUGUCUCGGAAACGGCAACCGCGUCAACGGCGUCUGCGAAUGCAAGAACGGCUUCAGCGGCAGCCAUUGCCAGACCGAGAGCGAAUGCGAGGCCGACGGCGACUGCGGCGACGACGGCAAGUGCACGACGACGGCCGAUGAGCCGCGACGACAGUGUUUCUGCGACGCGUCGCGAUUCGGACGCCAGUGCGAGAAAAGUCGGCGACUUCUCCAAGAGAUUCAGAAUAAGUUAUUUCUUCAGAAUCCGAAGUGAUGACGUCCUUGUCGCAGUUCGAUGAGUCUGCCUACGAACGUCGCGAAGACGCUGGAAAUGAAAUCUUCUGGCGGAUAAUCAAGGUAACGACAAGGGUUUUAUAGUCGUUGGUAAAACUGGAAAGGAACAUUUUUUAUUCAAAGAUGCAACAUUCAGAGAUCUUUCUGCAUUUGGAUCAAUCAAAGAAUUUUAUCAAAAAUACAUUUUUUUUUUGUUGCAGGAUGAGAUUGAGUUUGUCCUCCGAUUCCCGGGCGAAUCCUGGGCGGCUAUCGGGUGGAAGACGCCAGACGCCACCUGCGCGGAACUCACCAAUCCAGGAAACAUCCUCCAGCACGUCGCCUCGACCGCCGUCCGCCCCAAAACUCCGGCAGCCAAGCCGCGAAUCCCACUGGCUCCGGUUUCACUGGCCCCAAAUAACGUUACUUCCUCUGAUUCGGAAGGUUUCUUGGAGUUUCCUACCUGUGAAACGACCUGAAUUCAGAAGAAUGCGGACCGAACGAGAUGUGGACCAAGUGUCCCGAGUCCUCGCGCGAGUGUGAGCACAGUUGCGACUGGACCCGCUUCCCGGAGACGACCCCGAAUUGCCCCAGCACUUGCGGAGCUCCGAGGUGUAUCUGUAAGGAAGGCUUCGUGAGAAUGUCCAACGAGGAGGACGCCUGCGUGCCUUUUGACUUCUGCGAUAAGGUGAUUCGUGGCUUCAAAUCGUACUAAAAAUCAUGCUAGGUAACUUCAGACUAAGCUCAAGAUUCAGUUUUAUUCGUUAGAUUUCAAAGUAUUUUUACGGGUUCAACUUUCUUCAUUCAGUUAUUAUUAUCCUUUCUGAUUUCAAAUCUGUAACUUAGCUCACCAGGUUUUCAAAGGGCAACAAUCAGGAAAUUUAAUCUCGAAUUUCCCCGAUUUUCGAUCAUCUUUCCAUCAAUAUCAGUCUACUGAUAGUUUUAUAAUGGAAACUGAUUUGGAUCAUAUGUGAGCAAGUACAUGAUUUCAUUAGCACAGGAUACGAAGGUUGACUUACAAAAAAUUCAAAUAUAAGCGCUGUAGGUAGUUUUGACAAUAAUAAAGAUUCGACCUCCAUGAGGUAGUUUUGACUCUAGUUCAAAAAAUAUUUUCGGUCUUCAAAAUCACUUUACCCGUGUAUGAUUCGAACCAGAAUAUGAAAUACUUUUUGAAAAAAUAUGUUGAAAUCGAUGUUCUCAGACUGCCGAAGAGGAGCAAUGUCCAGCUAACGCGACUUGGGCCAAAUGCGGCACGGCUUGUGAACCGACCUGCGCCAACAUGUACGACACUUCGCCUUGUCCGGCGACCUGUGAGAAGGCGGCCUGUACCUGCGCCGACAACUACGUCAGACACGACGGCCGCUGCAUCUACUGGGGCGAUUGUCCUGGUUCGUUUCGUGAAGAGUUCCCUGAAGAGGAGUUUUUGGAAGAAAUGCUAUGGAGCUCGUGCGAUUGUUUUUUGAGCAGGGCUCACUUGGAAUCAUUCCAUGUUUUCCAGGAUUUUACAAAAUCGAUUCAAUCAUUUUGAAGCUACGUAAAAUUUUAUAAUUAACUUUUCUUCUGCGAAGUUGAAAAGAAAUGUUUGGCCUUCACUUUGAGAAAUCUUUGCGUAUUUAUUCGGUCCAUUAUAUUGCUUUUAAGUUGCGUAAUACUGUUGCGUAAAUACCGAGGUCAAGUGAGAGUGCCUUUAAUUAGAUUAUUUGGUAGAUGAACUGUUGAGAUAUUCAGAACUGAACGAGAAAACCGAGCAGAGCAAUGACGUCACCUCCUCUUCUGAAGCUUCGACGACGACCAAGGCUGCUAAAACGAGUGAGGAUAAGUUUCGAAUAGACUUCUUAGAGCGAAAUUUCACUAUUUGUACUUUUAAGUCUUCCAAAACUUCUUCCUUUGUCUGUUCAAGUAAAAUGACGUCAUUCGAAAUCGCUCUGUGGAUGGCUCGCUCCCUGAAUGGUUAGGGGCGGAGCUUGGGCGACUUCAGAAAUGAUUUUCGAAUACACUUCUUUGUGGAAAUAUCAAUUCAAAGGUAUGAUUCAGCGGCCGAAUCCACACCGACGCUGACGGCUACCUCCAAACCAAAGACAUCGAGCUGCGCGGUCAACGAAACUCUCAACGAGUGCGGAAGAGUCUGCGAGGCCGACUGCGUGACGAUCUUCACGCGCAGCGACUGCGAAGACUGCGGCGCCGCCAGCUGCGCCUGCAUCCAGGGCUACGCAAGAAACCCGCAAGGCGUCUGCGUCUACUGGGGCGAUUGUCCGCUCGAGGGUGGAGAAUCCACGACACGUCGACCGGCUCUUCAGACCACCAAGGCCCCGCCGACCGUCAAGGCUGGCAAACCUAAAGGUUUGGAAUGAGGAUUUUAUGUUCAUAUUCUUUGCGUACUGUACUUGCCCAAACUCGACAGCAACGGUACUUUCAGUGAGCGGCGACGUCUGCUACGGCGAAUACCGUUAUCCGGCCGGCUGCACCGACUGCGACUAUAAGCUCACCUGGAACUACGUCGACGACCUCGACGAGAUCGAAUUCUCCUUGGAGACGCGCGUUUCUGGCAACGCCUGGAGUGGCGUCGGCUUCAGCGCCGAUGGAAGCAUGGUUCAACGUGAAAGUUGACAUCUCGUAGAAUGAAACGUUCAGACUGACGCUGAUAUGCUCAUCGUGAAGGCCAUGGAUGGAAAAUUGUCUGUACACGAUAUGCAGGGCCACGGUUACUCUACUCCGGCUGAAGAUCAAGUUCAGAAUGUUGUAUCUGCUGAAACGGUUUGAAAUGAAGGAAAUUCAAGAUUCAUAGAGGAAUUUCAGAUUGGAACACAGGCGAACGGCGUCCUGAGAGCUCAGUUCUCGCGAAAACGCAACACGGGCGAUCUGAGCGACAAGCAGUUCGAUGAUAAAUGCUGGAAGAUGUUGUUCCCGGUCGCUGGCGGGAAAUUGGACGGGGUAUAUUCAUUUACUGUUUUUUUGACUUGAAGAAAGUUCUUACACAAAAUGAAAUGAGGGACUGCUUUGAAAAAGGGUAGUGCAGGAGAUCAAAAUAACUUCAGCGAUAUAUUAAUCGUGAGAUAGUGAAAAAUACAACGUAAGUUUUGGAGAGCCAGAGAUCAUUUCUACCUCGCCGAAAUAAAUUUGAACGGUCGUAAACUCUUUUUUCCAGAAUGGCAACAUUCAAAUCCACUCGAACACGCCCCUCGUCUCGGAACACGACGUCUGCAUCAGGUCCUGCCAACAGAAGCAAACGACCAAGGCCGUCCCCUCCAACACUUGCACCAACGAGUAUCGCUAUCCGGCGGACUGCAACGGCGAAACCUGCGAAUACGUCGCCCGAUGGGAGUACGACAGCGCUAAGAAGGACGUCCGCUUCGAAGUGAGCAGCUCCGGCGUCGGCCGCUGGACCGGCAUCGGUUUCUCCGCGUAAGUUUUUUUUUUCAUCAUGGCUUGAUUGGAAUGUGGAGUUCAGUACCGGCGGCAUGACCAACGCCGACAUUUACACCGGCUGGGUCCACGAAGGCAAGGCCUACGUCACGGACAGAUUCGCCUAUGGAAGACAGCUGCCGGCGAUUGAUCCAAGUGAUCGGCAGGACAUUUAUGAUGUUGGCGGCAACGUCACCGAUGGAGUUCAGGUGAAUAAAAUUUUUUUAAAAAAAUAAAAAUUGAAAAAUAGACCUUUUUUUCCCCUGAACGCCAUGUUGUUGACUAGGGCUAUCUAGUUUUGAAGGCUCAAUCGUAGAAAUAUAAUGCUUUACAUCAUUUUAGUACUUUUGUAUUAAACGAAAGUCUGUUUAUAUUUCGAAUGUCUAGUAAAAUGACAUCAUUCGAAAGCGCUUGCUUGGAUGGCUUGCUCUCUUAUUGGUUUAACGCGCCAUAAGGGGCGGGGCUUGAGCGACGAUUUGACAUUCGAAAUCUGAACAGACUGUACCAUUAAAUGAAGCUUGGACUAUUUUUAGUCUCUUUUCAGACGAUUUGGUUCCGACGAAAGCUGACCCCGAAAGACACGACCACUGAUUUGCCUCUGGAUCAGUGCCAGUACUUCCUCUACCCAGUUGGUGGCGGUCGCCUUUUGGCCAAGAAGAAUUCCGACCUUGCCAACCCUAGAACUCCGAUCGGUAACCUGAAACCCGAAAAAAAGCAAAAAAGGAGAUUUUCAGGAUACCACGAUCAAUUCCAGCCCCAGGUUUCACCUAACAAGAUUUGCUUGUGCGACUCGACUGGACAGAAAGUGGCUCGCGAUUCUUCAGUCCCUGUCAGAGUUCGAGUUCGUCGUCAGGCUCAGCAAAGUCGAAAAGAUAUUCACGAAAGGAAAAAUGAGAAAACUCCAGACCAUCCAAUGUACUGCACGGAUAUGGUCGUCGGCAUGGUGACCGGUGGAAAAGCCCGAGUCAAGGACUUCUUCUCGCCUUCUAAAGCAACUCCACGACCGGACUCCUUCUUUGGAGGCUCGGAUUCGCUCACCUCGGCCGCUGCCUUCCAGCAAGACGGCGUCACGACGAUCGUCUUCAGGAAGAAGCUUCAGGGUGAGCAGGAGAUGAUCUAUUAGGACGUUUAUUUGAAAGAGAAAAGGAGAUCUUUAGAUUCUAAGACUCAACAGGUCGGAAGUCUUUUAGGCCAAGACUAAGGAAUUUUUAAAGAGUAAAUUCAUGACUUCAAAAAAUAGCUGUAGCUCAUACUUUGCCACAAAGUCUUGCAAAAAAGACCAUAUACCAAAUUUGGUCGAUUUUCGCUUCAAGACCUUUGUUUUUGCAGUCGUCUUCGCGGUUUUGUAGAGCAAGAAUGCAAAAAAAAAAGUGUUUACGGUAAUUUUUUAUGUCCUUUGAAGCUUACGCACGGAAAACAUUUUGAAGUUGUCUUCGAAGUAGCCUAACUAAUUUCAAUCACUCCAACUGAUUUUAGCCACGGAAAAAUGGGACUCGAGCAUUAUCAACGGGCCGAUGACUGUGAUCUGGGCCAAGGGAGCCGAUGCCAAUCACUAUCAGCACACGACCGGCGGAGAUCCGAUCAAGAGCGAUCCCCUCUUCUUCCCCGACGACUCCUUCAAGUACCAUGGACGCAACCAGCGCGGAACCCUCAACAUCAACUUCUUCGAAAGUAUCUCAAAAUCCAGCUAUUCAAUAAAAUCAAUCUUCGAUUUUGAAGGCCAAAAAGAAAAGAAGAAGCCGGAGACGGUCCACGGCAUGCACAUGGACGAGAACACUUGCACUGGGGAAUAUGCCUUCCCGGCUGGAUGUUUGGGAGUCGCCUGCCAGUACCGCGUUUCUUGGAUCAGCGACGGACAAGUCGCCAGAUUCGCUCUUCAUGUACGUUUAUUUCAGAAGGAACUGUCAGAACACAACGGUUUAUUUGAAAAAUGCUAGAUUUUCCAAUUUCAGUCCUCCCUGUCGACGAACCAAUGGACGGCGCUGGGCUUCUCCAACGACGGCAACAUGGCCGCCUCUGACGUCAUCAUCCUGGGCGUCAGCCACGACGAGAAGCUCGACUCGACGGCCAUCACCGUCACCGACCAAUUCAUGCCCAACUACGGCCGUCCGAUAGUCGAUGAACAACAGGACAUUUUCGACGUCGAUGUACAUUUUUCUUCUCGUCUGUUCAUUGUAUAGUUAUGUCGUUCAGACUUCCUACGUCGACGGCAUUUUGACGGCAAACUUCUCGCGCGAACUCUAUUCUGAUGACGAGCACGACGUCAACCUUCAAGAAUGCGUCUACCUCCUUUACGCGCCUGCUGGCGGUGUCAUUGAGAAGAACGGGGAGAUCCGAAAACAUGGCGAGACUCCGGUCGCUAGCAAGACUAAGGUAGGCUUUUUUUAAAAAUUGAACCUCUAUAUAAAUGGGAACACAUGAAAAUUUCCUCACAAAACGGUAAGAAAUUAGAAAAAAAACUGUGAAGAAGAUCUUUUAACCCCGGAAAACGGAGAUUUUCAGAUCUGCCUCAACACCUGCGCCGAAAUGCCGAGCCGAGGUCGUGUAAAAGAAACGACCACCACUGCCACCUCUACCACGAAGACUUCGACCACCACGACGACGACGUCUUCAGAAGCCCCGACCGUCACCAAGAAGACGUCGACUGGAGUCCAGAUGCCACCGAUGAAGACGAACAGUACGGAAACGCUAAAAAACUUUGACAGGAAAUCUGAAUUUAGAACCAUAUUUGGUCUACGAACCGGAGGAGCAGGUCAAGGCGCGGUACGGCCUCCGAGUCAGAAUCCUCAACAAAGAGUUCGUCCCACAACUCACCGAUCCUCAGUCUGUCUACUACCAGUCGUUCACCAAGCAGGUCACCUCGGCGGUUCGUUCAAGAACAGGCUCAAAGGAAAACUAUACUUUCCUGCCUUCAGAUCGACCAGCUCCUGGAGAAACGCUGGAAGGGAAUGCGCGUGUCGAAGAUUGUCGGCUAUGAGAAGGGCUCCGUCAUCGCUGAGUUUGAGGUAGAGGAAAAAAAAGUCCAAAAAAACGUUCAGCAAGUGGACUUUCCUGUUGUAGCCUUGCCGAAAAUUUUUUUCCAUCGAUUGAGCAAUCAAAUUUUCCAACUCACGCAAUAGUUCAAUAUAGCCAAAAUUAACUUGAACUUCAUCAGGUCGUUUCGAUUGGCGACGUGCCAAGACCCGUCGAAGUGAAGAGCAUGGUGGAAGAAAACGCCGUUCGAGGACCGAUCAGCGGACUUUCCAUUGAGCCAUCCACUGUCAAGGCUUCGGAAAUUGGUACAUUUUUCAAUCUAAAAUCAGAGGGUGACUACUAAUGAACAUAAAGAGUAUAUAGUUUUUUUUAACUUUCUGUUGCCCUGGAGAGGGGAGAAAACUUAUGAGAGCUGAAAGUUUUUAAAAAGAGCUGGAUAAAAUCAGUUCAGGCUUGCUCAAGCAUGUUGAAGACUGGGAAAGCGUGAAAGAUCAAAUUUGAGAUUGUAAAGUCUUCCAAAUGAUACUUUUCCGUGACCAUUCUCGGAACUUGGUAACGAAAACCGGAUGUUAAUGAGCAUAUCGAUAAAUCGAUUAAGUGUUGACGUUAUUGAAGUGGUCCCUAGAGACGCACACGUCUGGGGCGGGUCUAAUUCACGUUGUCAAGGUCCGAGACGUGGCCUGCUUUACCAUUUGAGGAUGAGCUCGAUCUGAAAAGUUUUUUUUUUGCUGAUAAGUGAGCACCUCUAGCCUUUUUUAGGGAUUAUUACGUCGAUUUCUGAGUCUAGAUUCGAAAUCGCCGUAAAAAUCGGCAUCCUGGUCUCAUUGUGGAAAAACCUAGAAAAAUCAACUAGAAGAAAUAUUCAGAUGCCUCGACGCAAGCCCCGAUCGAAGAGGCCAUGAUGGACGUCUCCAUGUGGCGCAACAUCGGAAUCAUCGCCGCCUGCUCCGCCGUCCUCUUCUUCGUCAUCCUCAUCUUCUGCUUCGUCCUCUGCCGAUGCCGAAGACGUUCCUCCUAUGUAGGCCACCAACUUCGUUUUCCAAACCUUUCAAUUAAUAUUAGCCUUUGAAGGCUGCCUACCCCGUCGCCCAUCCUCAACUCGCCUACGGAAACCGAAUGCGUGAGUUGAAGAUGGAAGGUUCGAAAACAAUUCUCGAUUCAGUUGGAGAGAAGAAAGGAAUGGCUGGAUUUGACAACGCGAUCUACCACAGCGGCGGCGGCGGCGGAAAUAGACAUUUGUCGCAGACGACGUCCGCCUCGACGAAGCCACCGAUGGAGCCGAAUGCGGGUGAAGACGUGCCGCCUGGAGGUGUCGGCGAGACCACCUACCAAGAGUGGUAUAAUAAGGUCAGUUAUGAAUUUUUCUUUAUUCGGCUGGGGCUUCUAGGAAAAAUUUUGAUCUAAAUCUUUCGUGGUUAGGCGCUUCUGAGGUUCCUAAUUCGGUAUACUUUACUGCCUUUUUAGUAGUCUGAUUUUGUUUCCUAUGUUUUCAUUUUAACGGAAAUCGGUUGCAAAUUGAAAUUAUCGGAAUACCUUCUGAUUAGCUUGCAUAAACUGAAAACGGUUUUCGCUUUGAAACCAUGAGGCUUUAACGGGCUUAAUGACCCUUAGAAAGAUUUACUGAACACCAUCUCUAGAGGCUUGAAGCAGAGAAAGAAAAUUCAGGUUGGAUCCAAAGCAGCCUCGCAGCAGCACGAAGAAGCUCCGAUCGGCAACGUUCCGUCGCGGCCUCCAUCUGCCACGCCGUACGUCUCCUAUCCGAACGAUCCUUCUGGUUACUACACCCUCGGAGGCCAACAUCGCGCUUCCUCGACCUCUCAGCCACGAUACUUUAAGCCAUAUUAA